AUGGUGUUCGGCGCGAUCUUAGCCAAUCUCAGCCAAAUAGGAAAAGUUCACGACACCGGUGGCGUAGAAUUCUGGCGCGAACCCGCGCGCGCGGGGUGGUUGAUGAAACGCGGCGACGUCGUUCGCACCUGGCGCCGACGAUGGUUCGUCCUCAAGGACGGCAAACUGUUCUGGUUUCUCGACUCCAACGUCACCUCGAGCAGCAAGACCCGAGGCGUGAUCGACAUGAAAUACUGUUUAUCAUCGACGUCCGCGUUCGAGAAAACCGGCGACGAGGCUUCGUUCGAAAUCACCUGCAUGGGCGAGUCCCACGUCUUCGUCGCCGCGUCCGAGCGCGAAAAAGACGAGUGGCUCUCCUCCGUCGGCGCGUGCAUCGCGCGCGCGUCCCGCGCCGCGUCCUGA